CCCCGCCCGGCGCCGCCCACCGCUCCCCUCACGGCCGCGCCUUCCCGCCCCGUCACCGCGGCAACCGCGCUCCUCCCGCCGCCAUGGCGGAGCCGCAGGCCGGGCCGGUUUCUUCGUCGCCAGCGGUGUUGGGACCGCCAAAGCCCCAUCCUAAAAGAGUGCCGGAGAUACCCAUGCUAGAGAGGAGGAACUGGUUCAUCUAUCUGCUCUACGUUCGCAGAGAGUACGACGAGUGCAAGGCUGUCAUCAAAGAGCAGCUCCAGGAGUCCCAUGGGAGGUGUGAAUAUGCUGUCUAUGUUCAAGCUUUGAUAUUUCGCUUGGAGGGGAAAAUUCAAGAAUCUCUUGAACUGUUUCAGACAUGUUCCAUUCUGAACCCUCGAAGUGCUGACAACCUCAAGCAGGUGGCGCGAUCGCUGUUUCUUCUGGGGAAACACAAGGCUGCCAUUGAAGUGUACAACGAAGCAGCUAAACUUGAUGAAAAGGACUGGGAGAUCAGCCACAACCUGGGUGUGUGCUACAUGUACCUGAAACAUUUCAACAAGGCACGAGACCAGCUAAACAAUGCCCUGGAGAUGAACAGACACGAUCUGACUUACAUGAUGCUGGGAAAAAUUCACCUCUUGGAGGGGGAGACUGAGAAAGCCAUCGAAGUCUAUAAGAAAGCAGUAGAAUUUUCUCCAGAAAAUACAGACCUCCUUACGAAACUGGGGUUAAUUUACUUGCAGCUUGGCGAUUACCAGAAGGCUUUUGAACACCUUGGAAAGGCGCUCACUUACGAUCAGGGCAACUACAAGGCUACGUUGGCAGCUGGCAGCAUGAUGCAGGCCCACGGAGAUUAUGACGUUGCCCUCUCCAAAUACAGGGCUGUGGCCAGCAGCAUGCCUGAAAGCCCUCCCUUGUGGAACAACAUUGGGAUGUGCUUCUUUGGCAAGAAGAAAUACGUCGCUGCUAUCAGUUGCUUGAAGCGGGCGAACUACCUGGCUCCUUUUGACUGGAAGAUUCUGUACAAUUUGGGCUUAGUCCACCUCACAAUGCAGCAGUACGCAUCUGCUUUCCACUUCCUCAGUGCUGCCAUCAACUUCCAGCCCAAGAUGGGAGAGCUGUAUAUGCUCCUUGCAGUUGCUCUGACAAACCUUGAAGACAUUGAGAAUGCAAAACGUUCCUAUGAGCAAGCUGUGGCAUUGGACAAGUGCAAUCCCCUCGUCAACCUGAACUAUGCUGUACUGCUGUAUAACCAUGGGGACAAGAAGGGAGCCCUCUGCCAGUACCAGGAGAUGGAGAAGAAGGUCAUUGCACUGAAGGAGAGCAGCACUCUCGAUUUUGACCCUGAGAUGGUGGAGGUUGCCCAAAAGAUGGGAACUGCCCUGCAGGUCGGGGAGAGCCAAGUCUGGACGAAGCCUGCUAAAGAGUCUAAAUCCAAGCAGCGAGCUGCUCUGUCAGGGAAGUCUGCCAGCACACAGCAGCCAUUGGGCUCCAACCAGGCCUUGGGUCAAGCCAUGUCCUCAGCUGCUGGCUAUGGGAAAAGCAUGCAGCUUCCACCAGGUGCUGGAGCAUCCACUCCCCUUGCAAAGCCUCCCUCACUGCCCCUGGAACCAGAGCCGGGCUCAGAGCCAGGCCCUGAGGUGACCUCAGCACCAGCAGAGGCCGAGGAGCAGCGGCAGGAGAAGCACAAGAGCCGUCAGGCAGCAGACUAGGAGGGGCUUGAGGCAGCAGGGGCAGGAGUGGGAAAUUCCAGUGCUGCCUGACCUGUGGGGCAGGGACCUGUCCUCCUCUGACCUGGAGUGGCUUCAUCCCGCUGUCAGUUAGUGUAGAUGUGGUGUUUCUGUCAGUGAUUUUAGCACGAGGUCUCUGCCUUGUCCCAGGAGUCACUGAGGCAAUGAGAAGAGGACACUACGUAGCCACUGAGUGCAUCACACCUUACUUCAUCAGGAGUCGGGAAGAUGGUGGCUCGGCAGGGAGUCUGCAGCAGCACAGAAGUCAGCCAGUCCUAAAUUCCAAAUUCUUUGCUGACAAACAGGGUGAAUGAGGCUCAGCAAAGCCCUGUGCUCCUGUGAUUGGAGUUCUUCCUUUAGAAUUAGUAUUGCCCAACAUGGGGGAAAAGUUGGCUUGCAGAGAAAAUAAAGAUCUUUUCUGAGAAAGCUUGCCAUGGUCAGCUUCAGUGCUGAAUUUGUUUUAGCAAAGCAGCAGCCAUGCUCUGAAGAACAGAGUUAUGAACCUUGUGAGAGUUUCAGGAGAUUCAGUUCUGUGAGCUGCAAGAAGGCAAAGUAGUCCCGUGGUGAGCAGAGCAAGAAAUCUUAAUGCCCCUCUGCUACUGAGAUGGUGGAGAACUGUUUUUAUUCUCAGAGAGAAAAAUCUUAGCCUUCCUUUCUCCGCUCCUAUCAGUUCUUUGUAUCUGGAUUUAGCCAGAGCUUGACACAGGCCCUCAAAACAACUGUGCUGGGGAACUAAGCUGAGCCUGUCAUGCUUUACGUAAGGAACCAGUAACUGGGUUAAGUAAGUGUAGUUUUCACUCUUCCUCCCCUCUGCGUACAGAGUUGUGCUGCUGUGGGACUUGGGAUUUCACUUCUCCAAGCAGAAAGUGCAGCACUUUCAGCCCAAGGAAGCUGUAGCUUCAGGAAGGCUCAGCUCAUAUGCUAAUAAGCCUGAUGAGCUUUUAAAAAUAUAGCUCCUGUUUUUGCAUGGUUUCAUAAUCAACACAUCCAGUGGAGCGAGGUUUGUAAUGGAAACCUUUCUGCAGCAGCCUGUAAAAGCAGCAUGACCACGGCCCUGGAUAUCUUAAUGUCCUCCAGCAGUGCUCUCCGGCUAGCUGCUUUUCCCCAGAGCGACGUUAAAGUGUUUUCAGUGUUUUUGUUACUGUGGUUUUAGAGAGGGACCCAAAGCGCUGCCCUGCUCCCCAGGGGCCACUAAAAGUAGGAUCCUUUUGCUUUGUCUGUUUUGAUUGCCAAAACUACCUGCUUACCUCAAAUUCUCUUUGUUUCAUCUGUCCUCUGCUGGUUGGCUUUCUAUCAAUCCAUCCCUGCAGCAGCACUCCUUUAAUGCUUUCCUUCUGCUAGGAGCAAAAGGAAUCAGAGGUUUUGUGCAGCAGCCACCAAUUGAAACAAACCAGACGAGCAGCAGUGUAAUUCAGGUACAACACAGCUAUUUUAUUUGCAUUAAACUUUUUACACUGCAGAUUACUGUGGUGUAAGGGAGUGCCUGUGCAGGGGAGGCCAGGAGUACAGAGCAGGGGUGGGCUGGGAACGCUCCCUAGCCCCUAAAACCUUUUUGUGUUCUUCUGUAGCCAGUGCUUGUCAUUGUUUGGGCUUACCAUAAUGGGUGGCAGGUUUGGGAAGUUCCAGUACAAGGAGCAGCGGGUGGAACAGAGUGGUCACAGCAUUGCUGAUACAAGGAGCUUUUCCCUCCUGCUGCUUGUUGUAAGGAGGGUAAGUUUAACUUCAGGACUGUGACAUUAAGGAACUGCUCUGGGGGAGCAGCCUUGUCCCACAGGUGGCCAUAGGAACCAGGACCACUGCUUUCAGAGUACAGCCUGCCCGAGGCAUGUGAGGCUCUUUGCUCACCCAGUCCCACCUGUGCCAACUGUUCUCUUCUUGGCUGCUAGGGGCUCUUAUAGGGCAAGUGCUGUGUGUUACUCCAUGGGGUGUGCUGCUUGGGGAGGCACUGUAAAGGUGUUUGAAAUAUUCCUUCAAAGGUACAGAGCUUUAUGCAGAUGAUUAAUUCUUCUGUGAAAAAGAACAGUAGCACCUUCUUACUUUCUGGAUUUUGGAAGGGAGCAGCAGGGAGCUUCACGUCCGAAGAAGUGUUUUUAAAUAUGUAAUCAUGUUAGAUAAUAAAUAUUACUGCAGUUCUUUGUCCUGUCCCCUCUCCUCUUCCUCCCAGGGGCUGCAAUGGCAGUAUUUGCAUGCAGAAAAUUCACAGUGUAUUUAUAGAGGCUUUCUGUGCUCUAGUGAUGGGAAUGAGGUUGGACUGUUCCUUCGACUGAAAUUAGGCAAGGAGUUUUCCAGCAGGCCUGUACCAAAUCACAGAAGGAAUUUGGAAAGCACCACUUCUGUUCCAAAAGCUGCUUCUGGCAUCAGCCAUAAUUCUUACUUUGGUGUUGGCUUUAUUUUUCCAUCCUAAUUAAAAAUGUAAGAUGCAAAAGAAUAAUGAGCUUAAUUUCUAGGGAAGCAGAAGCCACCUGCUUUAGGACAUUUUGUUUCCCUUUUCAGAAAAAAAAUGUUCAUUAGUUAAUAAGGUCAAAUCAAACUGCUUACACAAGGCGGACUGCGAAUUGAUGUCCUCUCAGGGAAGAAACCGAGACUGCAGCUCUCAAAGCCUGGGCAGCAAGACCUUGCUUCAGCCAGAAGCUCCUGUCCCCCCACCAUGGGGUGGAGGUCCCUGAGGCAAUGGGAUGUGGGCUGAUGCAGCACUCCCAGCCACUGCCCCUGUUUGCCCACUUGUGGUCAGGGACAGACAAGGUGGAGCAAGGUAGACCCUGUCUUGCAUAAGACACAAGCAUUGGAGAUUUCCCUCUUGGGAGGGGCAAGGACUUUUCUGCAGAGGCAAACAAACCUCAACACUGAAUGGAGAGUGGUGAGCUUUACUAAGUAAUUAAGUUCCACACACAGAUACACUACAAAAGGACACGUAAUACAAGUAAUUUAUCUGCCACGACUGGUUUCUAUGAAAACAGUUCCACCACAAGGAAAGCUUGCAUCACCCUCUGAAACCAAACUGCACAAAAAUCAGUUUUCUGCAAUGGUUCUUGAAACAGGUGAGCUUUGAAUCCAGUUUUAACCAGGCUGCACUGAGCAGCUCUCCUGAGAAGAUCACGGGUGAGGUUUUCAGAACAUUUCUGUUUCCACUUGCAUUUUAAUGCGAUUGUUCACCCUUAGCUGCCAGGAUUUGUUUCCUUCAGCUGCUAUGAGCUCGGGGAGGGCUGGUAGCAGGUUCACCUUCCAAAGGGACAGUGACUGUUUGGGACCAAUGCCUCUCUCAGGUUUCUGGUGCAGAAAGCAAUGCCCAGGCAUGCUGUUUCCAACCUGCAUCCAUCGAGAAGAGAUUAAGAAGAGAACUUAAUCUGACAUAUCUAAACAGAGAAGAGAGAUUGUUUUUGCAUCUACAAUAAAGUUUGGCUAAAGAGUUUCAUCAGACUCUACUGCUAGAGGGGAAGGCAGACAGGAGUGAGGUCGGGAAGUAUGUGAGGCAGAAUAGGCUGCAAAGAGGUCUGCUUGCCCCAGCCUCUCAAAUCUCUAAAACAAAGCACAAAGAAAAGCUUCAAUGUUCCCAUUUCCCUCUCUUAAAUCUCCCUGCCUGACGGUGGGAUGUGAGACAGACUUGGUUAAGGGCUCUGCUGUAGCUGUUUCAACCAACAAGUCUACAGGUGUAUUUAUUUUUCCCCAAAAUGAAGCUACUACUGUGGUAUGAUCACUGAGUUUAACUUUAAUUCUGUACUUUUAUCCAAACUUUCACUGCUUCAUGCCAUUAGUUCUCCAGUCCAUUAAAAACCACUCAGUACUCAUAAGACAAACAGGCCACGAAAGUCCUGUCAGAUGUGCUCCAGCCAUGUUUCACAGUAAAAACAAAACAAACCACCCAAGAACUAAAAGCAACAGUAAUGCAGUGGGGAUGGAUAAGAACACCAGUCCAGGGACAAGUUUUAGCCCUCCCUCUUAAAGGUACUUCAGGGGAGUUAAUUGCAUCCUGUGCUGACUAAAAACCUGCUACCCGUUUCCGUUUCUGCUGGUCAGCAAGGUGUGUGAAAGCAGAUUGAAUGUAAACGUGUAAUAUUUGCGUUGAGUACAAGCAAGAGUUACCCUUGGGACAGUUACCUGAUUCUAAAUAGCCAAAAUAGGCUACCACAGCCCAACAAACCUCCUGUCAGCAAAUGUUUUUGGAAGAGAGCUGGGAAGCAGAGCAGCAGGACCGUCGGUCGUGACAGCUGUGUGUAUUUGGUUUGCUUUCGUUUCCAGCUCGAGAAUCCCUGCUGCCUGGUCCGAUGCCAGGGAAGCUGCUGGUGGUCCCAGCCAGCCAUGAUCAAAGGUUACAAAAUGCCCCUGCUAAUGGCCUCAGACCUCUCAGACGGUUGUCAGGAGACAUUUUUUAUUUGGUUUUUUUUUUCCUGUAGGAAGACUAAACCAGAACUCCGAGUCCCGCGCUACAGUUUAUAAAUAAUAAGUUUUAAAAAGACACUGAAGAGAAAGGCUUCCAGUUUAAGAAGAUUCUGCACUAAGAUAGAUACUGAGAGCCAACGGAAGGCCAGGAUGGGACACGCAAUGGGAAAACACAGCACUGACCAUUUCUCCUCUGGUACAACACAGACAACUUUGCUCAGAGGGAGAGGAGCAGUUAAACACAUAAUGACAGAUAACAUUUUACAUGACGUCCAUAGAUGUUCAAACAGCUAUCAAUCUUUGUCCUUACAGAGUAUUCACAACGGUGUUUUCCACCAGGAGAACAUCACUAACUGCCAUAUAGCAGCCUUGCUGAAACAGAUCCCUCCAGCCGAGGAGAUCCCGACUCUCCUCCCUGCUGCUUGGAUGCAAACAGUGACCUACAAUCCUGGUACAGCACAGACUUGCAUGGACACACUGGCUGCCUUUAAUUAUCACACUGAAAAUAUCUGUAUGAUAGCUAUGGAAAUAGGACCUGGAAGUGGACAGAGACAAAGCUAUGCUGGAAAAGAGACAAAAAGAAUACUGAUGCUGGACAAUCAGUGGUGGUCUAUUACCAAAAGGUAAAAAAUAUAAAUAAAGUAUUAAACAAUACACAGAUUAAACAAAAUUUCUAAACUAGCAAGGCCAUGAUACUAUUCAAUUGGACUGAUAAGACACAGCUCUAUUUUUUUUUUUUAAUUUCAAAGGCUGUCCAGAGCAAAGACAGCCUAGUGACCUCAUCAAAGAAAAAAAAAGCUCCUCCCAUCAGGCUUCCCUGCAAAACACUUAGAGCUUCUGAGAGCCUUCCCCUAAUAAAUCCAUCUGAACAGAAGGCAGCGAAACUGUACAAAACUACACAGGAGUUCCCAAAUAAAAAGUUAGUCUCCAGCACUCAACUGGUUGCUGUAAGCUGUGCCCCAUGUAAGCAGCUGUUAGCAAAAGGAGCAAGCAGCGAGCCCCUGUGGCUGUGGCUCUUGGCAUUUAGCAUGUAGCACACAGGUCACGUUUUGUUGUUUACCCGACAAAAAAAUAAAGCUGUCUCCCCAAAUAUAAACCCUGAAUAUCUUCACUUUCAGUUGCCCCAAGACUAACUGCAGGCAACGAGUUGAAUCUUGUCAGUCACAGAAAGAA